CUUCAUGUUUCAUUGGUUUGGGUGUGUAUCUUUUUGUUCGAGUCAAACGAACUUGGACCUAUUUUUCGGAAACUGAAAAAAAGUUUGACAUAAAGCUGGCCUAUCCGAGACAGCCGUGAUGGACGUAAUGUCAUCUUCCCUACAACAGCAGCGCAUUGUCGUUGAACAGCUACGCCGGGAAGCUGCGAUCGAUAGGCAGUCCGUGUCGGUAUCGUGCGAUAAAAUGAAGAAGUAUAUAUCGGAGCACGAGCAGGAGGAUUAUCUGUUGACUGGCUUCACCAGUCAAAAGGUAAACCCAUUCCGUGAGAAGUCGUCGUGCACUGCUCUUUAAGCAGGUUUUUAUGGAUGGAUCGAUGGAUGAUAUAUGUAUUUCGUUUUUAAGUUCUUUAUAAAACACAAGCACCCAAAUUAAAUCAGAUAAAUAAACUUGAACAAUAACAAAAGUCGA